GGAAAACUAUUGGGACAGGAAAAACAGCUGUAUGCUAUAAAACAAGUUUAACUUUGUGGACAAACGUAACCUGUUGAGGGGGUGGUGGUAAAAGUAGUCCCGGCGGGGGGUCAUAACCCCGGAAGUCAGCGUCUGGCGCGUAUUUCAGUUUGGCGGUUUCGGAUGCAGUCAAACUGGGGCGGGAUGUGGUCGCGAACUAACCGAGCUGCUGAGGAGUUUUACGCUCAUCUCCUUCAGGAAUUUGAUGAAGAAAAGAAAGGAAUCUGUAAAGAUCCAUUUAUCUAUGAGGCUGAUGUUCAAGUGCAGUUGAUCAGCAAAGGCCAACCAAACCCUUUGAAAAAUAUUCUAAAUGAAAAUGACACAGUAUUCAUUGUGGAAAAAGUGCCUUUAGAAAAGGAAGAAACAAGUCAUGUUGAAGAACUACAGUCUGAAGAAACUGCUAUUUCUGAUUUCUCUACUGGUGAAAAUGUUGGACCACUUGCUUUACCAGUUGGGAGAGCCAGGCAGUUAAUUGGACUUUACACCAUGGCUCACAAUCCUAAUAUGACCCAUUUGAAGAUUAAUCGGCCAGUUACUGCCCUUCCUCCCCUUUGGGUAAGGUGUGAUGGUUCAGAUCCUGAAGGUACCUAUUGGCUGGGAGCUGAGCUUAUCAUAACCAAUAACAUCAUCACAGGAAUUGUCUUGUGCAUGGUCACCUGUAAAGCUGAUAAAAAUUAUUCUGUAAAUCUUGAAGACCUCAAAAAUUCACACAAGAAAAGACAUCACUUGUCUACUUUAACAGCCAGCGGCUUUGCCCAGUAUGAGCUCUUUAAGUCCACUGCCUUGGAUGAUACAGUUGCUGCCUCACAAACUACGAUCACUUUGGAUAUUUCCUGGAGUCCUGUGGAUGAGAUUCUUCAAAUCCCUCCACUCUCUUCAACUGCAACUCUGAAUAUUAAGGUGGAAUUGGGAGAGCCCAGAGGUCCUCUGAAUCAUCUUCACAGACAACUGAAAUUUCUCCUUGUUUUAGCUGAUGGUUUGAGGACUGGUGUAACUGAAUGGCCUGAGUCUCUGGAAGCAAAAUCUGCUGUUGAACUUGUGCAGGAAUUUCUGAAUGACUUAAAUAAGCUGGAUGAAUUUGGUGAUUCUACGAAAAAAACCACAGAGACAGUGAAACAUGACUCUGCUGCAGUUGAUCGGUCCAUGGAGUGUCUUCUCACAGUACGGGGUGAUCUCGAUUUUGCUGAGCAGCUAUGGUGCAAAAUGAGUAGUAGUGUGAUUUCUUAUCAAGACUUGGUGAAGUGUUUCACGUUGAUCAUCCAGAGUCUACAGCGUGGUGAUAUACAGCCAUGGCUUCAUAGUGGGAGUAACAGUUUACUAAGUAAGCUCAUUCAUCAGUCUUACCAUGGAACCAUGGACACGGUUUCUCUCAGUGGGAUUGUUCCAGUUCAGAUGCUUUUGGAAAUUGGUUUGGAUAAACUGAAGAAAGAUUAUAUCUGUUUUUUCAUAGGCCAAGAACUUGCAUCUUUGAAUCAUUUGGAAUAUUUCAUUUCUCCAUCAGUAGAUACACAAGAGCAGGUUCAUCGUGUUCAAAAACUCCACCAUAUUCUCGAAAUAGUAGUCAGUUGCAUGCUUUUCAUUAAACCUCAACAUGAACUCCUCUUUUCUUUAACACAAUCCUGCAUAAAAUUUUAUGAACAAAAUCCUCUCGAUGAGCAACAUAUUUUUCAGCUGCCAGUCAGACCAACUGCUAUAAAAGACUUGUAUCAAAAUGAGAAGCCACAGAAAUGGAGAGUGGAAAUAAACAGUGGUCAAAAGAAGGUGAAAACAGUUUGGCAACUGAGUGACAGCCCACCUGUAGAUCAUCUGAAUUUUCACAGACCUGAUUUUUCUGAAUUAACAUUAAACGGUAGCCUGGAAGAAAGGAUAUCGUUUACUAACAUGGUUACCUGCAGCCAGGUGCACUUCAAGUGAAGUGUGCUGAUGGGGCCCUCUGUAAGCUCAAGCCAAAAAGAGAGAGAGAGAGAGGUGGUGGGAAGGUAAUUAUCACAGAACCUGAAAACAGAUGUAUGUAAACCUUCGAAGGAGAAAAAGGAGGAAGAUCCUGAAGAAGAUCCCAAAGGUUCUCUGUGAAAGAUGCAGCUACAAAAUGGAUGACCCUGUCUCAGCUCAGGCUCCGCAGCAGAAGCAUCAGGAGAACUGCAGCGAUUAGUAUACAGAGGGUGCAGACUGUAGGUACCAUGAUCUCCGUCAUGAUCUGCAUGUAACUUAGAAAAGGCUCUGCGGAGGGGGAGAGAGCAACAUGGCAGAUGAGAAUGUGGUCAUUUUGGCGAAUGCAGCUUCAUCCUGAAAGCUUCAGUUGUCUGGAUAAACUUGGAAAAUGGCAUCAUCACACUUGCUAAUUAUUCUCAUUUGCUCUAAAAGAGAACCUGGUAAAUGUUAUAAAAAAAUUAUGUGAGGGCUUUGUAAGAUAUUUCAGAAAAUAUGGAUUAAGAAUGCUUAAAUCUGGUUCUUCCAUAGGUACUGUAAUAAAGUCUAAAUGUAUGUCAA